AUGCGCCCGUACACGCCAACGAGCAUGGUCGACGAGGUCGGCCAGUUCGAGCUCCUGGUCAAGGUGUACUUCAAGAACGAGCACCCCAAGUUCCCCGACGGUGGGCUCAUGACACAGUACCUGGAAUCGCUUCAGGUAGGCAGCUCCCACAUUGAGGUGAUCCAGGCCGUGCUCCGCGACCAGCCGGAGGACAAGACGGAGAUGCACCUUGUGUACGCGAACCGGACGGAGGACGACAUCCUGCUGCGCGACGAGCUGGACCGGUGGGCGGCGGAGCACCCGGACAAGCUCAAGGUGUGGUACGUGGUAGACCAGGUGAAACGGCCGGAGGAAGGCUGGAAGUUCAGCGUCGGGCAUGUGAGGGAGGACAUUCUACGCGCGCACGUGCCGGAGGGCGGCGACGACACCUUCGCGCUCGCUUGCGGGCCGCCGCCCAUGAUCAAGUUCGCCAUCACGCCCAACCUGGAGAAGAUGAAGUACGACAUGGCCAAUUCUUUCAUCUCGUUCUAA